AUCACCUAUGAGUUAGAAAAAAAUUUAUUAUUUCUUUAAAAUUUUUCCUUCAUAAUUUUUAUUUAUAAAAUUACGAACAAAAUACAAACUUAAAUAUCCAUAAAUACAACAAAAUGUUAGGAAUAAUUUCUAGAAACCUUGCUCGUCAACUUUCCCACACUGACACAACACACAAGAUCCUUAAUUCGGUGAACUAUUCCCAAAGAGUUGCUCUGCGUCCUAAGAAAUCCAAAUCCAUUAGAAAAGAAAUUCAAUAUUUCACAGAUGCCAAACAUGUCCGCGUAUUGGGUGGCAAAGGUGGCGAUGGUUGUAUAAACUUACGCCAAGUUUGGUGCAACGAACGAGCCGGCCCCGACGGUGGCGAUGGAGGAAAUGGUGGACAUAUAAUUUUCGAAGCAUCAACUGAUGUCAAUAAUUAUAAUCACGUCACAAGUAUACUUAAAGCUGACGAAGGUACUAAAGGUGGUACAAAUGAAUGUCACGGGAGAAAUGCUAGUCAUACUGUUGUCAAAGUUCCCGUGGGAACAAUCAUUCGAAAUGAUGAGGGAAAAGUUGUCGGAGAUUUAGAUAAAGAAAGGGCAAUGUUUGUUGCAGCUCGGGGAGGUAGUGGAGGCAAGGGUAAUAAGUUUUUUGCAACUUCCUUGCAACAAACUCCUAGAAUCUGCGAAUAUGGAGCAGAUGGAGAAGAUUUAACUUACACACUUGAAUUGAGAAGUAUGGCCGAUGUGGGUUUCAUUGGAUUUCCAAAUGCUGGAAAGAGUACACUCCUUAGAGCGAUAUCUAGAGCAAAGCCAAAAGUCGCUUCAUAUCCUUUUACAACAUUGAGACCGCACAUUGGAAUGAUUCAAUAUGAUGAUUAUGAACAAGUGGCAAUUGCUGAUUUGCCAGGACUUAUUCCAGAUUCUCACAAAAACAAAGGUUUGGGGAUACAGUUCCUUAAGCACGCUGAAAGAUGUUCAGUGUUGAUGUUUGUUUUGGAUGCUUCUGGAGAGGAGCCUUGGAAGCAUUAUGAAAUCCUAGACAAUGAGAUUAACCAAUUUAGUCAAAAGUUGGGUCAGCGACCUCGAAUAAUUGUUGCAAACAAAAUUGAUGCUCCAGAUGCUGAAGUUAAUGUUAAAGAACUCGAAGAGAGGUUAAGUAGGCCUGUGAUCGGAAUUAGUGCAAAGAUGGGUACGAAUCUGGCAAAGCUGCUAGUUGUCAUUAGGGAGCACUACGACGCCCAGAGACGGACUAAUUUGGAAGAGAAUUAGGGACGGUAUUGAAUUAGGUUUUUCUGUUUGAAUAAAGUUUAAAAAAAAAGUAUUGUCAU